AGUUUUAUUAAUCAAAAAAGAAAAGAAAUAGAAGAUGAAGAUGUGUCUGAACCACUUAUGCAAAAACAUGAACAAAAGAUUAGACACUUUGGUAUGCUGAGCAGAUGGGAUGAUAGUCAAAGAUUUUUGUCUGAUCACCCAUAUCUUGUAUGUGAAGAAACAUCUAAAUAUCUCAUGUUGUGGUGUUUCCAUCUAGAAGCUGAACAGAAAAGAGCUCUGAUGGAGCAAGUAGCACAUCAAGCAGUUGUAAUGCAGUUUAUUAUAGAAAUUGCCAGAAGCUGCAAUGCGGAUCCAAGAGGCUGUUUUCGUCUCUUUUUCCAAAAAGCCAAAACAGGAGAAGGCUAUUUUGAGGCUUUUAAAAACGAACUUGAGGCAUUCAAGAUGAGAGUGAGAAUUUGGUCACAAUCACAUGGCUUUCAGACUGUGUUACUACAUGAUCUGAGUGUCAAUCCUGGUCUUGUAGGAGAGCUGACGUGUUCUCCACAGGUAAGUCAAGCCUAA